AUGCCCACCUACCUCUGCCACGGCUUCCGCUGGCAGCGGCGAAGCAUUCGCGUCUUUAUCAUCGUCCAGAACCUGGAUGAUGCCUCUCCGGAGUGGAUUGUGCGGCCCGCCUCUGCCUUCUCCCUCCUCGAGUCCUUCUACAACCUCUUUGACUUCCUACCUGACUGCUGCCCACCCAGGACCGGCAGUGUUGUGGGGAGCCGCUCACGCUCCAAUACUCUCGGGAGCAGCCAUAGGGGCGACGAUGACAGGACCCGGAAUAGGAGCCGUAGCCAGAGCCGGGGAGGCAAACGGGACCGGAGCCAAAGCAAGCGCAGCCAGUCCCAGUCUCGCUCGCGGCGGCCCACGCUGCAGAGCCAGACGCCGCCAUCUCCGCCAGCUUCCCAACCCCCGGCCGCCUCGUUGCAUGAAGAGAGUGACGAUGUCUCAGCUCAGGACUGGUCGGCUGUCAAGCUAUUAGAGGAGUACGAUCCCCUGGACCUGACGGCCGUGUCGCAGCCCCAUGCCUACGUGGCUGACUACGUCGUGCGCAUCGAUCUGUCAUGCAACGUGGCCGAAGAGAUUGCCCGCUACGAGGAGCGGCUGCGCGCAUCGCCAGACCCGCCCGUGACUGGCAAGAGCAAGAAGCCCGGCUGGUUCGAGAAGCUGCGUGACCAGCUGCAGCGCGGCGAGGACAUCCGCUGGUACGUCGUGGUGAACGGCGACGAGGAGCGCGCCUGGCCCGACGAGCCGCCCGGCAGGGAGGACACGGCGGCGAUGCGCGCCCAGCAGACGCACCACGCGCAGUACAUCAACCAGCAGCAGAUCUUUGAGGACAAGGACGCCAUGAGGGAGCGCGAGAGGGAGAAGCUGAGGCGGGAGAUGGGCUACGACCAGGCGGAGAGGGAGCCGAGGCCGCCCAGGGACAGGCGGCCCAGAGUCCCCGACAAGGAACUACCGCCCAUUCUGACGAAGAAGGCGUCAAUGGACCAGGGUGGACUACGACCAAAGACACCAAAGACUGGUGGAUUCAGGAGAUUAUUUGGCAGGUCAAAGGCAGGAGCGGGCGACGAAACACCUUGA